AUGCCAUAUUCCAGUGAAAGCCCCGAAUGGCGCUUGCUGCAAAAGUUGUCCAAGUUGUUAGCAUCUCAUCUGGCACGUUAUCAACCCUCAGAGCGCAAUUGGCAGGAUUUCACGGCGAACAAGCAGAGCGAGGCUCUCGAAAGGAAUCUACGAGAGUUUUUCCUUGUAAGAAACGAGAAGAUUUUCUUCGAAAGGGAAAGCUUCACGGUCUUCAGAAAUAUUCUCGAUAAGUUAUGUUGCCUGCUAAAUGAUGCGGUAAAUCCUGUCGUCACAAACGCAGCACGGCCAAACAGAACCUAUCAUUGCUUGUCUGGACUUUUGAACUACUUGGAGCAGUUCAACGAGAUCGAUCUAGGUCUCUUCAACUUAGUGAGCGGUCCCAAUCAGAAUCUAUUCCUGUUUACGGAUGACACCAAAACAGAAUGCCUUGCUGCCACAAGAGAAUGCAAUAAUUUUGUCAUGAGGGCGUUUUCAAAGGCCCAAAAACAAGUACCAGAGGUUCCCCGGAGGGUGAAAAGCGAUAUCUGGAAAGAUUUAAAGCUAAGGCAGUUGGCUUCUAAAACGCUUCAGUUGGUGUAUGAGCGUUUCAGUUGCAAAGCAAGUCACAGGCUUCUCCUGAAGCUUGAGACACUGGUAUCUAGGCGAAUCGCCUCUCCUGAAUUGCAGUUAUUCUUUUCGGCUUGCUCAGACAACGCGGCAUUGGAGCCUUGGAGGGGCGUCCAUUGUAUAUCUGGCGGACGAAAGGAUGGCCAGAAAGAGGUUUUCGACCUAUGUUAUGAAAUAUCUAGUACCAAUUGGCAGGGUUGUCAGCUACAACUAUUGCCGCAAGAGGGACAGCUUCUCAGUGCUUGGAGACCAAUACUGCCUCAUGACUCAGACAACCAUCCGGCUCUCAAUAACCCGUCAGGCCAAUCCCUUGCUGAAAGGAUUGCCAGUGGCAUGUUCAAGCGUCAAACAGUUCGAGAUCUUAUUGCACAGAAACAUGGCAGCCAAGACGCUAAAGUUCACUAUACACUCAAGGCCAAGAGAGCGCUUGCUGCCGAACUAGGAUACUGCCUAUUGGAUUUCUUUGACGCUAGCUUGGAUUCUGAAGAUAUAUGCUUUCUCACAUCGUUGCAGAACCACGUCGAAAGAGAUAGGCUCUACCGUUCAUUCUCGUCUCAAAUCCCCAGCUCCCCGGAACUCCGACUCUUCCAGAUCGGGCAUCCGGUGCUACUUUCCUUUGCAAAGAUCUUGCUAGAGCUGGAUGACGGCGAGGCCAUUCCGCUAGAUAUACGUCCUCACUAUGGUGAAGAAAAUAAGCAGGCAUGGCUCCAACUCUUAUCAGGCUUGGAUACCCUGAAAGAACGGGGUGCAAGGCUGGAAGACUCCUAUACAGAAGCUAUCAGAGGGUGUCUAAACGUUCAUAGCCAACUUCAAAACGUCAAAUUCGAAGGCACUCAGGCAGAUAUAAUUAUUCGAGAAAAGCUCUAUCAACACAUUGUUCAGCACCUCGAGACUGCUUUAGAAAACUGCUCGCCAAAUCUCGGCUUGAAGCGACAGCACUCUAUGAGCCUAGAAAUCGAGUCAAUGAUGGACCCGACGAGCAAACGGACCCGCACAACAAUGGGAAAAGAUGCUGACUUGGUGCAUGUUUUUGAUAUGCCUGGAGAGCUGUCAGACGCAUAUCGUCAGUUGCUACCAUGGAAAGCCGACUCAGACAAAGACUUCCCUGUCAAGCCACAGAAGUUCCUUGAUACAACAGCCGGAUCUUCUAUGGGAGAUGCCCAUCCACCAAAGGAUCGCUGCGGCUUCAAGGCUGCUAUUAUUUGCGCUCUGCCACUGGAAUUUGACGCUAUCCGGUCACUCUUCGACUUUACCUGGAAAGAACACCAUCACCACUACGGCAAGCUCAAAGGCGAUACAAACCACUACGUCAAUGGGCGAAUAGGCGACCUUGACAUUGUUGUUCUGCUCUUGUCUAGCAUGGGCAAAGCAAGCGCGGGAACUGCAGCUGCUCGCUUACAAUGUUCCUACCCAGAGUUAGAAGUGGUCUUCCUAGCUGGUAUAUGCGGCGGCAUCCCAGAAGUUCGAUCACCCAACGGUGGAAAGAAGGAAGUCCUUCUUGGCGAUGUUGUAGUCAGUUCAAAUAUGGUGCAGUACGACUUUGGAAGAAGGUACGAAGACAACUUCGUAACCAAACAGCCCAUACAUACUGCGAGAAAGCUGAUAAGCAAUUUCCUUAUUCACUUGAAAACUGAUGUCUUUCUUGACGAUGUUACGGAAAGAUCAGUAAAGGUUUUGGAACAAAUGCAGCAGAGCAACCCGAAAUACCUGUACCCUGGCUCAGCCAAUGAUCGGCUAUACGAACCAUCCUACCAGCAUCAGGUCGACACUCUGGUACUAUGUACAUGCUUCAGCAGCCCUAGCCUGAUAUGCGUUCGCUGUCGUGGCGUAUCCUGUGACGAGGCGGGAUGCGACAAGGAAUUUCUCGUACCGAGGUCUCGACUAGAAGAGAAAGUGGUCUUGGAAGAUCAAGCUGAUAUUUGCAAGGCACAAAGGCCUUUGAUCUUUCUGGGGCGAUUUGGUUCUGGAGAUACGGUGCUCAAGUCGAGUCAUGAUCGAGAUGGACUUGCUCAACGACUUGGCAUUGAGGCAUUUGAGAUGGAGAGCGCUGGGUUGUGGGAAGACUUGCCAUGUAUAGUGGUGAAAGGUGUCUGCGACUAUGCAGACUCUCAUAAGAACAAGAAAUGGCAAGACUUUGCUGCGGCCACGUCGGCUUCUGUUGUUAAGGCUUUGCUAGAACGAUAUAUCAUAACUGAUAAAUAG